AUUUACGAUAGCUUUUCAUGUAGUAGCAAUAAGAAUAAGCACAUUCCACCCUCUUCAAUAUGGGAUAACUUGUUGCUCUUGGGUGGAGGUUGUUGAGAUUAACUAGGGUUUGGUGCUCAACAAUUAUGUAACUCCAACCUUACUUUUUUUCUUAUAAGCAAUAUUUCAACUCACCAAAGGGCAAGGCCAUAGAAAACAAACAAGAAAAUUUAAAAAUUCUGAGUAUAACUAUUGAGAAGAAAUGAGAUGGAAAGCACUGUUAUAAAAGUAGAUGAGGAAAAAAUGGAGUGGUCAUUAUGUUAAUGCUAAAAGAAUACGGGUAAAAGAAAGGUUUGUUUAAUUGGGGAAGUGUUUGGCAAAAAAGUCGACUAUGUCAGAUUGGCGUGCGUAUCACUGUACAAGUGCUUAAAACAGAGAGAGAGAAAAGUAUAUAAUUAGAGUUUGGAAGAUGAUGAUUCUUUACACCUUUAUUUGCGAAAAGAAAGAAGCAAACCCCACUUUCCAGUUUCAUCUAAAAAGAUAAAAUAUUAAAGAAGAGGAGGUGAAUAGAGGUAUUUUGUGAAUUAAGGGUGUUGUUUUCUUGAUAAUCUGUACUGAUUUUUUUGGGGGGUUGGAGAGAAAAAGGAAAAGAGGGUAAUGGUGGUGGGGACGGCGGUGCUGAUUCUAAAGAGAUAGAUUGAUAUCUAAGUUUUAUUUUGGGAACAUUCUGAGAUUGGCUUUUUGUGAAUACAGAGUGUUGCUUUGGUGGCUGGCAAAGAUUAGGGACAAGUCAUCUUUUUCUUGGUCCUUUAACUUCAUUGGUGAGGGAAGACUAUUUGAGUAGAGGAGGAAGUUGUUUAAAUAAACAAUUAGAGAAAGGGCGGUGGUCUAAGUGGUGAGCAUGUGGCCUUGGGUUUUGAGAGUUUAAAUUUGCAUAUUUUGAGGUAUUGAGUCGGUUGGGUUGUAUAUCUUGGACUGGACUUUUGUGGUUGUUUGUAGUUGAGCUUACAGCAAGAACCAAUAAAGAAGCCAAAUCUCCUUUAAAUCUUGUCAAGUCUGGAAGUAUAGGUACUUCCAGGUCCUUUCCUUGGCAUUGUCCUCUUAAUUACUGCAAGUUUAGAUUUGGGAUACUGUAGGUGAAUCCAUAUUUCGAGAGCGUAAAGAUGAAGUUUAUGAAACUUGGAUCCAAGCCUGAUCAAUUUCAGACAAAAGGAGAUAAUAUCAGGUAUGUAGCCACUGAAUUGGCAACAGAUAUGGUCAUCAAUGUUGGAGAUGUAAAAUUCUAUCUCCACAAGUUCCCCCUUCUGUCCAAGAGUUUUCGUUUACAGAAGUUGACAGCUAAUACAAAUGAGGAAAACAAUGAUGAAAUCAACAUUGACGAUAUACCUGGUGGACCUGCAGCUUUUGAAAUAUGUGCAAAGUUCUGUUAUGGUAUGACGGUAACUCUGAAUGCGUAUAAUGUAGUUGUGGCUCGUUGUGCCGCGGAAUACCUGGAAAUGUAUGAAACUGUCGAGAAAGGUAACAUUAUCUACAAGCUUGAGGUUUUUCUUAAAUCUAGCAUCUUCCGGAGCUGGAAAGAUUCAAUCAUUGUUCUCCAAACAACAAAAGCUUUUCUUCCCUGGUCUGAGGAAUUAAAGAUCGUUAGUCAUUGUCUGGACUCUGUUGCAUCUAAAGCUUACAUUGACACCUCAAAGGUGGACUGGUCGUAUACAUAUAAUCGCAAAAAGCUCCCAUCAGAAAAUGGAAGUGAUCCGCUAUGGAAUGGUGUGCAAAAGCAGCAGUAUGUUCCACGAGACUGGUGGGUUGAGGACCUUUCUGAACUUCAUAUUGACUUGUAUAAACGGGUAAUAACAACAAUAAAAACAAAGGGAGGAAUGUCUCCAGAAGUAAUUGGUGAGGCAUUGAGAGCAUAUGCCUAUAGAAGGCUACCGGGAUUCAGCAAGGGUAAAAUCCCAGGAAGUGAUCCUGUUAAGUAUCAGUACUUGGUUGAUAUGAUUACUUCUCUGUUGCCCACAGAGAAACAUAGUGUUUCAUGUAGUUUCUUGAUCAGAUUGUUACAGACUUCUGUUUCUUUGGAAUGUGGAGAGACAGUACAAAGUGAACUGAAGAGGAGGAUUAGCCAGCAGCUUGAUGAGGCAUCGGUAGCUGACCUCCUCCUUCGGGCACCAGCUAAUGAAACUAUGACAUAUGAUGUUGACACAGUACUUGAACUUGUUCAGCAGUUCAUGCUGCAGAAAAGGAGCGGUCAGAGUGAUUUUCCUGAAGAUAAUGAAUAUCAGGAGAUGUACCCUGCAUUUGCAUCAGACUCUUCCAAAGUCAAGGUGGCAAGGGUGAUUGAUGGUUACCUUGCAGAAGUCUCUCGAGAUCCAAAUCUACCUUUGGCGAAAUUUGUCAAUCUUGCUGAAAUGGUGUCUGGCUUCCCUAGACCUUCCCAUGAUGGAAUUUACCGUGCUAUUGACAUGUAUCUCAAGGAACAUCCAGGAAUCACCAAGAGCGAAAGGAAAAGAAUUUGUAAACUUAUGGACUGCCGGAAGCUAUCAGCUGAGGCAUGCAUGCAUGCUGUGCAGAAUGAGCGCCUUCCGUUGAGAGUAGUUGUACAAGUUCUAUUCUUUGAGCAAGCCAGAGCAACAACAUCAUCUGGUGGUGGCAGCACCCCUGACCUAGCUGGAACAAUCAAGUCUUUGCUUCCAGGGGAAUCCCAUGGGAGCUCAAGAUCUGCCACAACAAACACAGACGAGGACUGGGAUGCCGUGCCAACUGCUGAGGAACUUAAAGCUUUGAAAGGGGAGCUUGCUACUCUAAGGUUGAGAGACAAAGAAGCUGGUUGCAAUGAUACUAAUUCAAUAGACAUAAAAAUGAGUGUUGAAAAAGUUAUUGGUGGCAAAGCAAAGGGCUUAAUCAUGUCCAAGAAGCUCUUUUCAAAGCUGUGGUCCAACAAAGAUAGACUAAGCGAGAACAGCAGCUCUGAUACAUCAGAAAGCCCCGGUUCUUCCAAUGCUGGGGAAUCGAAGUCCACCCCAUCAAGAAGUAGGAGGCAUUCCCUGUCCUAAUGUUAGUUGCAGAUUAACCAAUUUCUCUUAGAGAAAAAGUUUCACCCCUUGUUUGAUGCUAGGAUUGGAAGAAGCUACGUCUGCCGCUAACCCUUGGAAGUAGUAGGGAGAAUUCCUCCUAUAAUUUUUGAGCAUUUUGAAGCAUGUAUUUGCAAGGUUAGAUCAGCUUGGGACUGAAUUGGAUCCUCUUAAGCUUUAUUAGUUUUUUCUGUUGUAUUCAAUUGUUUCCCAAGAGAAAUACAAGCGACCAUCUUUGUUUUAGGCUCUCUUUUAACAAGACUGGAACAGGCACAUUUAUGUAUCAAAGUGUGUGAACCAAAUUGUUUGGACUUGAA